AUGCACCUGCUAUCGCGGAUUCUUAUUCUUCUCACAGCAUUGUUGAGCUGCUGCUUGGGUGUCAAGGACCAUCUCUUCAAAAGCUGUCACCAGGCAGGGUUUUGCCACCGCAAUCGACACUAUGCCAAGCAAGUACUGCUUGAUCCCGCUUUUCAGAGCCCUUACCAAGUUUUGAAAGACUCGAUUAAGGUUGAGGAUGGGGUUUUGAGUGGAGAGAUUGAAAAGACCCUUGCGAGUGCUGCACCAGCUGUGUUUCCCUUUGAAAUCAGCAUCGUUGAAAACAGCUUCAGAUUCAAAAUGGACGAAAGGAGACCCAUGAGUGAGGGCUUGGUGAAUCCUAAUAGAUACAACGAGGCCUCUAACUGGGCGUUCAAGGAUAGCCCCAGUCCACAGCAGUUUCGGCUAAAGAGACUGGAUAACGAGAUCACCGUCAUAUACCCCAGACACGAGGUUGCCAUUCAGCUCAACCCGGUCACGUUUACAUUUUUUUACGACGGAAAGGAGCAGAUUGUCGUCAACGGAAAGCAGUUGCUCAACAUUGAGCAUUCCAGAUCAAAAGAGAACAACCAGGAAAAUCUUUUUCCUCAAGAGUCCGACUUUGAUAUGUUUUCCGAUAGCUUUGCCGACUCAAAAGGUGAUAGGUUGCCCCUUGGACCUGAGGCGGUGGCACUCGACUUUACCUUGGUUGGGUUCGAAAGCCUCUACGGCAUCCCCGAGCAUGCAGACUCCAUGCUUUUGAAGGAUACCAAAAUGCAUGAGCCAUACAGGCUCUACAACGUGGACAUUUUUGAAUACGAGGUCGACUCGCGGUUGCCAAUGUACGGGUCGAUCCCAUUGGUCAUGGCAGUAAACGGCAACGUGGCAGCGGGGAUCUUUUGGAUCAACAGCGCCGACACCUACAUCGAUAUCGAAGAAGACACCCGCGCGUCAUCAGUGCAUUGGAUGUCGGAAAACGGCAUUUUGGACUUUGUGGUGAUUAUUGAGGAUAGUCCGCGGGAUGUUAACCAAGUCUACGGCAAGCUUACCGGAAACACGCAGUUGCCCCUAUUGUCAAGUCUCGGCUACCACCAGUGCCGGUGGAACUACAACGACAUCAAGGAUGUGUUGGAGGUCAACUCUAAAUUCGACGAGUACGAGAUACCCUAUGACACCAUCUGGCUUGACAUUGAAUACGCCGACAAUAAAAAGUAUUUUACAUGGCACCCGGAGAACUUUGCUGAACCGGGAGAGAUGUUGCAGGAGUUGAACCGGAGCAGCCGGAACUUGGUGGUGAUUAUUGACCCUCACAUUAAAACCGGCUACGAGGUGAGCAAUGAGUUGGUCACGAGAGGUAUAGCAAUGAAAAACGCCGACAACCAAGUGUAUUAUGGACACUGCUGGCCCGGUGAGUCUGUUUGGGUGGACACCAUGCACCCGGAGAGCCGAAGUUUCUGGGACGAAAGCCAUCGAAAAUUCAUGAUUUCUGACAGGUACAAAAACUUGCACCUCUGGAAUGACAUGAACGAGCCAUCGGUGUUCAGUGGACCGGAAACAAGUGCCCCCAAGGACAACAUCCAUUAUGGCCAGUGGGAGCACCGGUCUAUCCACAACGUGUUUGGGUUGACCUACCACGAGGCGACAUUUCAGUCCUUGCUUGCACGAUUGCCCACUCAGCGACCGUUUAUAUUGACUAGGUCGUAUUUUGCCGGCAGUCAGAGGACAGCUGCCAUGUGGACCGGCGAUAAUAUGUCGAAAUGGGAGUAUUUGAAAAUAUCCAUCCCCAUGGUGUUGACCUCCAACAUAAUGGGGAUGCCAUUCGCCGGGGCAGAUGUUGGUGGGUUCUUUGGCAAUCCCUCGCCAGAGUUGCUCACCAGAUGGUACCAAGCUGGUAUUUGGUAUCCAUUCUUCAGAGCGCACGCUCACAUUGACUCACGAAGAAGGGAGCCGUGGAUGGUAGAGGAGCCAUACUUGUCGAGUAUCAGAAAUGCCAUCAGAUUGAGGUACGCGUUGCUUCCUGCUUUUUACACGAGCUUUUACCACGCUUCCAGAAACGGGUCCCCCGUGAUUAAACCGUUGUUUUACGACUACCAAGGCCUGAAGGACAAGGUGACGUUUGAGGUUGACGACGAAUUUUUCCUUGGCGAUACUGGGAUAUUGGUAAAGCCUGUUACGGAUGCAGGUGCCAAAGAAGUGGAGUUUUUCCUUCCUCGAGAUCACGAGGACAUCUACUACCACUUUGCAAACGGGGUGAUUGGAGAGAGACUAAACUCCCAUCGGUUCAGUGUCGAGCUCAACGAUGUUCCCAUGUUGCUCAAAGGCGGGUCAGUGGUGCCAAUGAAGCUGAGGUAUAGGAGAUCCACCAAGUUGAUGAAGCACGACCCCUACACUUUGGUGGUGGCGUUGGACAAACAGGGAAAGGCGCAAGGGUCGUUAUAUGUCGACGACGGCGAAACCAUUGGUGGCGAGUUUACAUACAUUAGGUACAAAGUUGACGAAAGGAAAGGCAUUCUGGUGGAAAAGGAGGGAAAUUACACACUUGCAGUCAACGUUGAAAGAAUUGUCAUUGUGGGAAUCAAGAACAAAGUGGGUUCGGUGAGUACAGGCAAGCUUGUCGACGAGGGCAGGGGCAGAAUCACAAUAGUCAAACCUCAUGAGUUUCCAAUUGUGUUCAACAACAAUGCCCGAGCCGGACACGACGAAUUGUGA